CGUUAUUGUAUCGACAAUGAUACAUCCGUGAAGUUUCACUACCUAUUUAUUUCAUGUUUUGCUGACGUCUGUGAAAAUGAUGGUGGUGUGUCCAAAAAGACUGUUUGUGGACUUCGUCAUUUUCCUCUUCCUUUUGUCGUAUUCCCUGGGCAGGGGACCUGACCCAGAGGCUAUGGCGUUCUCGACAGGUUGCUACGAAGUGAAGAACGAAGAUGGAAAGAGUUUGUCCUGCAGCAAAGUUUCGCUUCUGGAAAUUUCUGCACGGAUUCAUUGGAUAGGCAGAGACCUGGUGUAUUUGUAUAUUUGGGACUGUCCCUCUGAGUCAGCGGAAUUGACCGAAUCAUUCUUUGGGAACAAUAUAAACUUGAAGGACAUAAUAAUAUCUAGAUGCAAUAUCAAUAACAUAGGGACUAGUGUUUUCGAAAAGCUGAGCAGGCUGAAGUAUCUCGAUUUGAACUCGAACAGAAUAAGCCAGGUUACCAAAGAAGUAUUCAAAGGAUUGACAAAUUUGUCGUCGCUCACUUUGUUAAGUAACGAAAUAUAUGAAAUUCAGGAAGGUACGUUCGAAAACCUUGUGAACUUAUCAGAGCUGAACCUUGAAAGCAAUAAAUUGGACCAAUUUGACAAUGGAAUAUUGUUCGGCUUGAAAAAUCUAGAAACCUUCUCUCUUGGUGAUCAAGAAAUCGAGAGGGAUUUGCGUGAGUGCACCGGACCGGCAAUUGAUGACCUCCGUGGAUUGACACGCUUAAAGGACUUGAAUCUCGCCGGGGUCAGUUUGUGUGCGUUAGAACGCGAAAGUGAUUUGUCUCUUUUUUUCAAGGACCAAGAAGAGACUAUGACAGUCUUGGAUCUAAGUUCAACACAGUUGACAAACACCAUUUUGCCGAUCUUGCGAAAUUUGAAACGUCUAAAAAAUCUAAAUCUUCGAGGCAAUAAUCUCGGUUACAUUCUUGAUGGAUCGCUACCCAAACUAGCAAGUGAUGGGCUCCUGGAUUUGUCGUUUAACAGGGUAAUGUAUAUUGAUGAACUCGCUUUAACAGGCUUCGAUGGUGGACUCGAUAUCAUGUUCAAUUCGUUUUACUGUGAUUGUAAACUCCUCGGGUUUACCAACUGGUUGCAGGAAUACGCCAGGAGUGGCAGUGUGGACGUCUCCAUGAUCCUGUGCAGUGGCCCUGUUUCAAUGUACGGGACCAAGGUGGUUGACUAUAGCCCGUACUGGUGGCAAUGCAGCCAGUACAUACCACUGAUAGCUUUGGUGGCUGUCAUUGCUUUCGCUGUCCUGCUAGCCUUAGUUACGCUAGUAGUCUAUUGCAACCGGGUGAACUUUAAACACUGGUUGUUGGAGAGGCGAGCGGCAGCUAAAGCUGAGAAGGAGGCGGAACAAGAAUCCGCCGCUACUGAGCGUAGUGCGCUGGUGCCACCUAAUCGGCUUUGCGGGAUAAACUCGCUUCCAAAGGGGAUGACUGGCGCCUAUAUCCUUUACAACAUGGAUGAAGUGGAUGUCAAAAGAUGGGUGGACCAGCACAUCGAGGAGAAGCUCUACCGCCAUCCCAUGAAGAUCACCUUGCAGUGGGCGGCCGGCCCUGGCUUUAUGCCUCUGUGGAAACAGGUCAAGGACUAUGGGUUUGGCGUCAGACACUUCCUUGUCGUUAUAACCGAGGAGUUGCUUCGGCAUCACUGGCAACAGAUGUCGGAGAAUGGCGGUGUCGAGAACCUUUCUAAGUUCGUGCUCGUCCUCUGGGGGAAGAAGAAGGAAGACUUGCCUGCCGAUCUACGCAGGUUGCGUUGUCCUUGCAUCGAAUGGCCGAUGACAGAACCAAAGUUCUCCAGCCUGCAGCGAGAGAGGGAGCAGUUCUGGAAGCGUGUACGGCUGGCACUCAAAGAUCUUUCGGAUUAGAAAAGUUGAUUAGCCAUGCGUCGAAAGUUACUUUACUGAAAAUCAUCUAUUCACCGCACAAUCAAAACACUGGAGCCGGAGUCUGGAGUCUGCACAUACGCAAUUAAGGGACCGUUUUUUUAUGGUUGUGCUCCUGUACAGAGCUCCCAUUCGUGGUCCAAUGAUGAAGCCUUUAACAAUAUUCUAACCCCUCUAUCUCCAACACCCACCACUGGAAAAACUUAAGAAUUGGGCUUCAAUAUAUUCAGGCGGCACCUCUAAAGCGAAAGAAAAGGUUACGAGAAAUAGGCCUGUGAUGACAAAUGGUUCGCCAGGCCUUCUUUGUGGACCAGCUUUAUGAAACUGUCCCCAUUCAUUCCAUCCUUGGUCUGUUUCUCUUUUCACGGUACUCGGACGAACGUGAAAGUGGUUUGCGAAACUGACACAAGUCGGUGUAAUGACUUUCAUGUUCCUAUUCAUCAGUGUUCCCAUGCGAUGAACGGCCAUAGCGUGUGACUUGAGGAAAAAAGGAGGAGAGAAAACAGAGACAGCUUAUUAAAGUGCCUUUCAUGCGUUUCCUAUGUACAAUGAUGAAGGUCUAAACUGCGGGCGCAAUGGUACCUGCUUCGACCCCCUCCCCACGGAGUCAGCAUGUGUACAUGUAGAAUGACGAAAUCACAUGGCCUCGGGAGUGCAACACAAAGACCUCGGAAGAAGACAAGGAUGCUUGGCCGUGGAAGUAGGGGAUAUGGGCGGAGGACACCAGACCCCACUCCUUGUUUAAAAUAAUCACGCAUGGUUGUGCAACGGCCGGUGUAGACGUUUAAAAUGUCCUCGGAUAGAAUGUAAGGAGAACAAAGGAUUCUAUUAUGCGCUUAAAUCUCUCCACUAUUGAACCAAACACCAUGAUACGUCAGAAUUGUGUCGGUCAGUGUAAAAGUUUGAAUUGUCCUAAUAGGAUAGACUGUCCGAGGAACAAAUAGUCUUGGAGCUUAUGUCAUGGCCCUAUAGAACAAUAUAUUGUACGCGCCGGUCACCGAUCCAAAGGUUGACCGCGCUCAACGUUGCUUAACUUCCAUUCUGGGGCCAAGGCGCCAACCACUGGGCCAUAAAGGAAUUCCCUCAUGGCCGGCGGGUUAAGCCGUGCCAUAUACGUGGGGGUACUA